AUGGCUCGACCGGCUUGGCACAACGGCGCCACAACACCUUAUGGACCUUAUGGAGACCACACGCAACAGCAGCAGUCGACGAUGAUGGAUUCCGCGGAGGAUAAACACGAGACGAUCAACCUCGACGACAUCAACGAACACAUCAAACGCUCCCACGCCUCGAGGGCCGCCCCCCAACGAACAUGGUCACGGAGGGAGAGCACCAAGGAUUACAUCCACGUCGCGCAGCUCCAGCGCAGCCCCGAGAUCAUCGACGACGACGGCUUCUCGCAGGAGUGGCCCAAGUACUCGGACACCCGCAGCGAGAAGCGCGCCUCCGCCUUCCCCUCGCCGCUGAGGCCCGGGUUCCGCCACCACCAUGACACGAAUUUCCUCCACCCGCCCACGCCCGACGCGCAGGAACAGUCCUUCGACCGGAAACGGGACUCCUUCAACGACACCAUCCAGCUCACGGCCGUGCAGAGCGGGAGCGGCGGGAGCGAGAAGACGGGGACGAGCCCGUUCGUGUGGUGGACCGUGGGGCUGUGGCUGCUCGCGGCGCUGAUGGUCACGCUGACGACCCUGUACUCGACGGGCUCGGCCAAGGCGCUGAUGAAGCAGAGUUUCUUCGUCGCGUCGGCGAGCAACUCCAUCCUGGUCCUGCGCGUGAUGACGGAGCUCUGCGCGAUCAUCAUGGCCGGGUUGGUGGUCGUGUGCGUCGAGGACCUGCAGUGGGCGUUGGCGUCUCGGCCGCAGGGGAUUUCGCUUCUGCAUUUCGUCGGGCUCGAUUCCGGGACCGGGGUUUGGGGGCUCUUGAGGCUUUUGGCGACGGCGGAGUGGAGGCAGAAGUAUUCCAGUCUGUUCCGUCUUCUCGUGAUCUGCUCGAUUCCUAUUCCUGGUGUUAUUCUGAUGGGCGCGAUCUCCAUCGAGAUGGUCACAUUCCCCGAAAAGACGUACCCGGUCUCCGCGGGCAUCGCCCCCUUCAACGCCUCCAACAUCUACCACGUCAAGAACUCCACGGCGACGGCUCUCCUGGUGCAGAUGGGCAGCCCGGCGUGGUCCGACAGAGACUCGUUCUCCCUGGACCCCCUGCACCAGGGCGUGGGAAAGUGCAGCGGUCUGGACGGGAAAUGGGCGCCGUGCGACGAGUCGCAUCUCAUCAGCGGCGGCGUCGUCUCCAUCGCGCCGCAGGCGGACGACUUGAAGCAGUUCCCGGGCUCUUCGUCGUUCGUGGUCCCCCACACGCGAGUCGUCCAGCUCGAGUACGGCAAGGUGCCGGACCUCAACAAGCUCCGUUCGACCGGCAGGUGUGUCCUCCUCGGUGCCGCCAAUGCCGCGUCGUACUGGUGUUCUGCUGUGGGGGACAAGAACGGCCUGCUGUUCGGCUCCGCGUACUGCCCCAUCUCGCUGCAAACGACGAGCUCCUGCAUUAGCAACCAAUCCUGGACCGAGCCCCUCGAACUCUCAUCGUCCCUCUUCGUCUACUCCCGCCGCGCCACCAUCACCUACGACCGCGGAAACUUCUCCAUCCUCGCCGUCACCGACAUGAGCCCCGCGGUCCAGGACAUCGUCAGCCUCGACGACUACAUGCUCGCCCUCUCCGCCGUGGUCCCGGGCUUCAACUCGAGCAACGCGCACGCCGGAAAGGCCGGCGACAACUCGGCGCUCGCCAUCUACGCCGUCACGGCGCUCCCCAUCAACGACAGCGAGGUGGCCAAGAAGCUCUCCCUCAAGGCCAUCCGCAAGGCCAUGUCCGUGCCGUUCAGCUACUUCCACGCCAACUACUUCGCCGACGGGCCCUCCAUCUGGGAGCUCAAGGGGCCCCGGCCCGGCAUGCCCGAGGACAUGUACACCGACCUCUCCAUCUCCGUGCUCAGCCACCAGGUCGUCGCGGGCAAGGUCAGCAGGGUGCUCUUCGUGCUCGUGAGCGGCAUCAUCCUCAGCCUGUCGGCGGCCAUCAUCAUCGCCACCUCGAGGGUCUCCGGGAAGCGGCCGGAGCGGUGCGGGUACCCGACGCUGGACUUCGCAGCGGUGUGCGCGGUGAAGGGGAUGCACCCGCCGCCGCCGCCGCCGACGGACUGGUCCGGGGGAGGAGGAGAUCGGGAAAGACAGGAACCGGGGCCUCACACGCUGCACAAGAGCCUGACGCAGCUGGGGCAGAAGCCCAAACCGUUCGAGGUUGCCAAGAAUAUCAAGAACGAGAGGGUCAUAAUAAGCUAG